GUCUAUUUGGGUUGACGUAAUAAGUGUCUGGUAUGAGUGUUUAGAUCAGUAUGUCUGAAGGAAUAGUCCACGCUGAUGUGAAGUUCAAAAAGCACCAACAGACUGAAGGAAAAGAUGGUGCUGGUGACCCUGAUUCUCAGGAGGGGUCAAAGGUCAGAGCAGGUGGAUGUGACCCUGUCAAAGUGGUCCUGGUGACUCUCUGUUUUCUUCUGAUGGGGAUGGUCAUUGGACUUCGGUUUCUGUAUAUCAGCAACCUGCCAACCAAAAACACAGAGCUCCAAAUUCUGCAAGCGGCUUACAAUCAUCUAAAUCUUACAGAUUUGGAAAAAGCUUUUACCUCAGCUUUAAUGAUCAAAAACAGAGAGCUUCAAGAACUGCAAGUCAAGAACAAAGAUCUUCAGGAGAAGGAACGUGCAGUUCGGCAACAAAAUGAAGAAUUGAGAAAGCAGAGAACUCCACCUUCUUGCCCUACAAACACAGGGAAUAAUGACUGUCCUAAACCUAUGAACUGUGCUGAAGGCUGGGAGUAUUAUGGGGGGAAGUGCUAUUACUUCUCCCCUGAUAAACUGACCUGGGCUCAGAGUCGGGAUGAGUGUAUCACCAGGGGGGGACACCUUGUCAUCAUAGGGAGCCUAGAGGAGCAGAAAUUCUUAGAUCAGAAAAUUGGUACAAAAAUAAGUACGGAGCCUGAAGACAUGUUCUGGAUUGGGCUGACGGACAGUAUAAACGAGAAUGAGUGGUUAUGGGUGGACAAUUCAUCUCUAAGCACAAGCUUCUGGCUUGGUGACCGGGAGCCAGAUGACUGGAAAGGAGAGAAUCCCGACGGUGAAGACUGUGCUAGAAUGGGGGAACCGGAUGGUACUAAAGACAGCAAGAGUUGGUUGGAUGUCAACUGUAAUAAGACUCAAAGAAGAAUAUGUGAGACAAAAUCCCCCUUGUGAAACAGUAUCUUUAAGAAACUCAAAAGUUCCUUUUAAAUAUGUCUCUGAACAACUAAAUCUUUUUUUGCUGGCAUUGAUAAGAAGUGAGGAGAAACUGUAUUAUGACUGGUUUACAGGAGAUUACUGCUGAUAUUCACAUCUUUCUUUGUACAUAUCAUUUGUAAUGCUUGUUAUGCUAUGGUGUAAAACAGUCUAAUGAAAAACUUGUCAGAUACAUUCAGUUCACGACUCUUCACUUCUCAGUAGGCUACAGGUGUUGGAUCUUAAUUUGCAUAGUAUUGUUAUAGCAACAGGAUUUGAACUUUAGUCCUUCAAUCAUAUGUCGCUUGAUUGGUGGUUCACAAGCAACAAGAGUGAUAAAAGGAAGAUCCUACACCUGUACAUCAUCCUCAGUGUGUUUUGUACAUGUAUAUUUCUGCUUAACAGUGCUGUCUCUAGGCUAGUCAUUUGAGAAAAAAAUAUUGUUUGUCUAUCCAAACCAUUGCAUUAAUAAAGUGUCAAAAGUAAAAUUA